AUGGCCGUUUUCGCUAUGUCGCUAACUAGGCUUUCAUCCCUCCUCCUGUUGUGUCUUUUUGCAGGCUUCAUCAACGCCACAAAUGACACCCUGUACCCAGAUCUUGUUAGAUCACUGAGGACAGGUCCGACACAGCUCGAUAAGCUUGAUAUUCUCCUAGAGAACAAAGCCUGGACGUUCAACUACGUCGCCCACGAAUUCCACACCAAUAACCCCGGGGGCGUUGUGAACGCCAACGCCGCCACAUUUCCAGCAACUGUUGGUAAAGGCAUGAUCAUGGCUUGGAUCGGCCUCGGCCCCUGCGCUAUGCUGCCACCACAUUACCACGCUCGUGCUUCCAAUUACGCCCUAUCGGUCGAGGGAACUACCGAGACCUGCAUGACGCUGGAAAAUGGGGCUCGGGUGGUGAAGACAACUUUGGCGCCCGGGAUGAUGACAAUUUUUCCCCGAGGUAGUUUACACACGAUGCAAAAUACAGGAUGCGACAAUGCUACUCUGAUCUCGGCUCUAAGCUCAGAAGAUGCUGGAACUCAUAACGUCGCGAAUGGGCUAUUCGAUCUUCCUCGGGAUGUCGUGGUAGCAGCAUUCGGCGGGAACCCACUAUCGGCAAAGUUUGCGCAGCUUCGGUGUGAUAUCCCAGCAGUUGAAACUGGCGCAGCGGUCGACACUGCAGAAUGUUUGAAGCGGUGUGGAGCUACCGGCUCCAAGUAG